GUACAAAUGCCACGUGUCCACUUCAACUCCGGUCACCAACUCGAAGACAGAGAAAAAACAGCGCGAGCGCCAAGGCCCCAUCUUCUUCUUCUUCGUCAUUUCGCUUCACCUGAAAGGAAACCCUAAUCGCCAUUAAAUUCUCUCUCAUUUACUCCAUCGGAGCCAAACAGAGGAAAAGCGAUGGCUAACCCUAACCCUACUCCCAAACAUCCCCUGUACCCGGACGUCAUGCAGUCGAACCCAGAAGCCCCAUCAAUCCCUAACCCUACCUCCUCAUCCCGAAAUCUCUACCCUUCCCUCGACAUGAAAGACCUCGUCGACAAUCUUUUCCCUGAAAACUCUAACAUUAACCCUACCUCCCAUUACCAACAUUGGGCUCAGCCCUCUGCUCCGCCGUCAUCUCAGCCCUCUGUUCCGCCACCAUCUCAGCCCUCUGCUCCGCCGUCAUCUCAGCCCUCAGAUCAGCCGUCAUGUCAGCCGUCCGCUCCUGCCGUGGCCACCGAAGAGGUCCUCAUCAAAAUCCCCGGCGCCAUUGUCAACCUUAUCGACAAGCACUACAGUGUCGAGCUCGCCUCCGGCGAUUUCACGAUCAUACGCCUCGUCCAAGGCGACGACAUCGUCGCCGUCCUCGCCCGAGUCGGAGACGAGAUCCAAUGGCCUCUGGCGAAGGAGGAAGCCUCUGUGAAGCUCGACGACUCGCAUUAUUUCUUCUCGCUCUACGCCCCGCCGGAUUCCGAGUCCGGGUCGGACUCCAAAUCCAAAACGACCACGAACGAUCCGGACAAUUUUUUGAACUACGGAUUGACGAUUGCGUCGAAAGGGCAAGGGGGAUUGGUGAAGCAAUUGGAUGAGAUUUUGAAGAGUUACUGCAGUUUUUCAGAGCAGAAAGUUUCCGAUAAGGCGAAGAAGAAGGGGGAGGCGUUGGACGAUACAAUGGCUCUGGAGACGUCGCCGGCAGAGUUGAGCUCGGAGAAGAAGAAGGAGUUGGAGGAGAGGAGCGCUGCGUAUUGGACCACAUUGGCUCCGAAUGUGGAGGACUACAAUGGGAGGGCUGCUAAGUUGAUUGCGGCCGGGUCGGGCCAGCUGAUCAAGGGGAUUUUGUGGUGUGGUGAUGUGACAGUGGAGAGGUUGAAAUGGGGAAAUGAGGUUAUGAAGAAGAAGAUGGACCCGCUUUCGAAUAAGGAAGUCAGUCCCCAAACCAUGAGGAGGAUUAAAAGGGUUAAGAGUGUGAGCAAAACGACGCAGAAAGUUGCAGCUGGUGUCCUUUCUGGGGUUUUGAAAGUUUCUGGAUACUUCACAAGUUCGGUGGUAAAUUCCAAAGUAGGAAAGAAAUUCUUCCGUCUUCUGCCUGGGGAAAUUUUGCUAGCAUCACUGGAUGGAUUUUGCAAGGUGUGUGAUGCGGUCGAAGUAGCUGGAAAAAAUGUCAUGUCAACGUCAUCUACUGUAACAACCGAGCUCGUCUCCCACAGGUAUGGUGAACAAGCUGGUAAGGCUGCGAACGACGGGCUUGAUGCAGCUGGACAUGCCAUAGGAACUGCGUGGACUGUUUUUAAGAUCCGCAAGGCUCUCAACCCAAAAAGUGUUUUCAAAUCCUCCACCCUAGCCAAGACUGCUGCUAAGUCAGCAGCUGAGGAAGUAAGGACUAAGAAAUCCAAAUAACUGGUUGUGGGAAAUUCUUCAUUUGAAGGAUUUAGCAGCCCCCCAAAUUUUUUAUCCCUCAUUUUUUCGCAAAAGGUUACACACUUGCAUGGAACGUCAAGGCAUUUGUUGCUGUUGUUGAUAUUGUUGCCGUACUACAGGUAAGGUGAACCAUGAAAAUAUGUUUAUCUUUGUAAUAUAAUUCUUGUAUUUAUAAAUUUGAUGUUCAUA